CCGGCGCGCGCGCUGGCCAUACAUAAGCGCGCCCCGCCGCCGCUGCACCCUGGCCUCGCCCAUCCACCAUCGCCAUGUCUGCCGCCGCCUCCUCCUCCUCCGCGCCCGCCGCGCCGUCGCCGGCGAGCACGACGUUUGCGCCGCUCGGCGCCGCGAAGACGGGCGGCCGCGUGCCGCGCGUCACGCUGCCCAUCCCCAUGGGCGCCACCGCCGCACAGACGAGCGCCGACAUCGAGGCGGCGCGCGCUCGCACCGCCUUCGACCCGCGCGCCAUCGAGGAGUGCCUGCGCGACGGGCGCAUCGACAACGAGGCGCGCCACAAGGUCGUCGCCACGCUCGACAAGGACGAGGUGUUUGGCGACUGGAAGAAGCGCAUGGCGCACAUGAACCGCGAGCAGAAGAUGGCCAUGUCGCACAAGGCCUGCCGCCGCCUGUUGGAGAUUGCCGCGCGCGACGAGUGGACGACGCACGAGAUUGUCGACGCCGCCACCUGCCUCGAUCUGCAGAACCCGAUCACGAUCCACUGGGUCGCCUUUGUGCCCGUCAUCAUGGGCCAGGGCAACGACGAGCAGGUGGAGCGCUGGGGCAACCGCGCCAUGAACCACAACAUCCUCGGCUGCUACUUGCAGACGGAGCUCGGCCACGGCACCAACGUGCAGGCGCUCGAGACGACGGCCAUCUACGAGCCCGAGACGGACACGUUCGACCUGCACAGCCCCACGCUCAGCAGCACAAAGUGGUGGGCCGGCGGCUCGGGCACGACGGCCACGCACGGCAUCGUGCAGGCACAGCUCAUCAUCGCCGGCAAGCGCUACGGCCCGCACCUCUUCUUCACGCCGCUCCGCUCGCUCAAGGACGGCAAGCUCUUCGACGGCAUCGUCGCCGGCGACAUCGGCCCCAAGACGUACGACGCCUUUGCCGGCCUCGACAACGGCUGGGUGCGCUUCGACCACGUCAAGCUGCCGCGCUUCAACAUGCUCGCCAAGCACGCGCAGGUGCUUAAGGGCGGCGAGUACGUGCGCCCGCCGAGCGACAAGCUCAGCUACGGCGGCAUGAUCUUCAUUCGCUCCCAGAUGAUCGACCGCACCGGCUGGAUGCUGAGCCGCGGCAACACGAUUGCCAUGCGCUACUCGCUCGUGCGCCGCCAGUUCCGCGACCCCGACGCCAAGGACCCCGCCGAGAUUGAGCGCAGCGUGCUGUCGUACCCGUCGCUCAACCGUCGCCUCGUGCCGCUGCUCGCCAAGUCGUACGCCUACAUCAUUGCCGGCCGCCGCAUGCGCACGCUGUACGAGGACAUGGCGCAGCAGCUCGACAGCGGCGACACGACGCUGCUCGCCGACGUGCACGUGGCGAGCUCGAGUCUGAAGGCCUACUGCACCAAGCAGGCGCUCGACGGCAUCGAGGAGUGCCGCCAGGCGCUCGGCGGCCACGGCUUCAGUGCCUACGCCGGCUUCACCUCGCUCUUCCCCGACAACGCGCCGGCGGUGACGUACGAGGGCGACAACUAUGUGCUGAUGCAGCAGGUCGGCCGUGCCAUGCUCAAGACGCUCACCGCGCUCGAGAAGGACCCCCAGGCUGCCGUGACGAACACGACGGCGUUUCUGCGCGCCAUCGACACGCCCAACAGCGUGCCGUUCAAGGCGCCCACGUCGGCCGCCGAGUGGCUGCAGCCCGACGUGUACACGGCAGCGCUCGGCCUGCGCACGGCUCAGCGCGUCUCGGACCUGCGCGCCGAGGUGCGCUCGGGGCGCCGCUUCGUCGACCUCAGCUGGGACUGCGUCGAGGUGGCGCGCUCCCACGCCGAGGUCGUCGUCAACGCCUGGUUCUCCGAGGGCGUCUCUGACGACGCCGGCCGCUUCGGCGAGCAGGGCACGAAUUGGCUCAACAAGCUCGUCACGCUGCACGCCCUCGUCUGCGUUGCGCGCGACAUUACGCCGCUCGCACUGCCCGCCGCCAGCGGCCGCAGCCUCGCCGGCUACGCCGCCGGCAGCUCGAUCCUCUCCGCCGACGCCGUGCUGCACCUCGAGACGGCGAUCCGCGGCCUCGUCGAGGAGAUCCUGCCGCAGGUCAUCGGCCUCACCGACGCCUUUGGCUGGACGGACUGGGAGCUCAGCUCGGCGCUCGGCCGGCACGACGGGCGCGUGUACGAGGCACUGAUGGCCGACGCCGAGAGCAACCCGCUCAACCACCCGCAGCCCAAGGACGGCAACCCGGACAAGGCGGGCCACUACCAGUACGGCUCGGCACAGACGGGCAAGUUCGUCAGCGCCAGCUGGCGCGCCGAGAUCGAGCCGCUGCUGCGCGCCGCCAACAAGGCCGCCUACGAGGGCCCGAUCAAGGGCGACGGCAGCAAGCUGUAGAGUCGGGCUCGUCGUAUGCUCCGUCUUCCGCUCA